AUGGUCGAUCCGGAUACUCCAGAGGAGUUCAAAACCUGGAAAUCUUCGUUAGGUGACGACUGGAAUCUUGUAUUUAGUGAUGAGUUCAAUUGUGAAAACAGGACAUUUUAUCCCGGGGACGAUCAGUUCUGGGAAGCUGUAGAUAUUCAUUAUGCAGCCACGAACAAUAUGGAAUGGCUAGAUCCUUCACAUGUGGUUACAAAGGAAGGCUCGUUGAGAAUUACCAUGGAUAACAGGAAAUCGCAUAACCUAAACUACACCUCGGGAAUGGUGCAGAGCUGGAACAAGUUGUGUUUCACCCAAGGGUAUGUUGAAACAUCGGUGAGAAUGCCUGGCACAAAAGAUUCCAUUGGGCUAUGGCCUGCUUUCUGGGCGUUAGGGAACUUGGCAAGAGCAGGCUACAUGGCGUCAACCGAAGGUACCUGGCCAUACUCCUAUGAUGCCUGCGAUUUUGGAGUUACUGCCAAUCAGUCAUCGUCAGAUGGACUAUCUUUAUUGCCAGGACAAAAACUAAACUCCUGUAUUUGCAAGGGUGAAGACCAUCCAAACCCAGGAACAGCUAGGUCUGCACCCGAAAUUGACAUAAUGGAGGGUUUGUACGAUAAUUAUGCUCAAACCUUCAACAUCGCACCUUUCGACAUCUGGAGAUACCCCGAUUAUGAUCACAUCGCAAUUACAAACUUUUCAACUUCCGCCAUGAACUCCUUUAUGGGGACACCAUACCAAGAGGCAAUCUCUGCUGUGAUAAGUUCAAACCCUGAUUGGUACGACAAGGGCUCGUUCACCAAGUUUGGAAUGGAAUACCGGAGUGACAUGGAAAACAGGAUGGACAACUACAUCAAUUUCUACGUCAACGAUGUGAUGACCUUCAGGAUCACCGAGGGUGCUUUCCAUCCAGAGGGGAACAUCGACUGGAGAACCAUCCCAAAGGAGCCAAUGAGUUUGGUCAUAAAUCUUGGGUUGUCCAAGUCUUGGUCUGAAGUGGAUUUGGAAACCAUUGAGUUUCCAGUCUACAUGGACGUGGAUUACGUUAGAAUUUUCCAGCCCAAGGGCUCAGAAAGCUUGACAUGCGACCCGAAAAACUACCCCACAUACGACUACAUCAAAAAACAUUAUAACGCCUACUCCAAUGCAAACUUGACCUCUUGGAAGAUGGCUGGCUAUGAGUUCCCAAAGUUCUCUUUGGACAGAAAGUGUCCCAAGAAAUAA